AAAUGCGAACGCGUGUCUCCAUUAUUACAUGUUUUGACUAUAACUUGCGCAGUUGGGUGCACUGUCUUACUGUGUAUUUGUCAACGAACAUGCGCUAGGAUAGAAACUCUCAUGCUGAAACGCAUCUUUUUAUGUCUGGCUGGGGAGGAGCUGCGUGAGCCUGCGCAGCCAGGAGUGCAACCUACCGUGCAAGAUGGCGCCGACGACAAAAGUCCCAUGUUUUCAGGCGUCGACUCGCAUUGGCAGGCGCUUUACGACAGCUUGCACACUAUCCAAGGCGCUUGGCUCGAUCGUCUGGCCCGAGUGGCAAGCUUGACAGCAAAAAGCGCCGGUGCAGCCUUUGCCAGCAUACAUCUGUACUGCCCGCAACAGGCCUGCUUUGUCGUGAUAUCAUGUGGAGGCCCGCAGUCGGAAAUUCUUCAGCCAGGAGAGUUUCAUGUCGUCCAUGUCAGACCCAACCCAGGGGGCCCGACGAAGGUCGCAGCCGGGCAGCAGGGAACCGGCUUUGGGACUGCUCCUGCACCACCCCAAGAAGUCUGCAGCCUAGAGUUGCUUUUGCAAAGCAAGGCUCCGCUGGUCCGUAUCCUCAGCCCCAGCCCCUCCACUCCCGUACAGCAGCCAGCAGCAGCAACAGCUGCUAAUCCCACCGCCUCCGACCCCUUCUCCCCCUCCACCCCCCCCUCCACCCCCCCACCUCCCGACAUCGCAUCUGUGGCCUCUCCCUCCCAGCUCCCACCCGACUGGCAGCGCCUGCAUGCACGCGCGCAGCUAACCCAGUUCGCUUCCUUCCCCAUCCUGGACCCCCAAGGAGCCGUCAUAGCGGCGCUGUGCCUCGCCCGAAACGCAACCCCCGCCACCAGCAGCAGCAGCAACAUCCAUGCGCCAUGCGCCGAGCGCCCCACACCCGCGCAUCCGCCGUCCAUGCCCCGCGGUGUCCCCUCUGGCCAAGGACAUAGUGCACAUGCGGUCACCACCACCAGCACCGCCGGUGGCGCCACCGGCUGUCGUGGGGAUGGCGUGUGUUUUGCCGUACACGUGCCGGUGCUGCAGCGGCUGUCACGGGUGCUAAGUCUGGCGUUCUUCUCGGACCCGCAUCAUCUGGGAUUGCACCAGGCGGUCGGCGCAGCGAUCGCGGGCGUGCAGCGGGCGGAGAGCCUGCAGGGCUCCCGCUGCGUGGUGGCGCUGGCGGACACCAUGGAGGCUCGCGUGGCGUACUUUGCACCCCUCGCAUCUUCGCUGUCGUCGUCGGCUGCAGCAGCAUCAGGCCAGCUAGUCGCGCCUAGCAGCACUGCCAGCACCGCCACCACCAGCACCACCCCGCAUGCACACGUGCAUGGUCGAGCAGCAACAGCAGCAGCAGUACCCUCAUCUGGGUCAUCAUCGUCAGCCCAGGUGAGGUCGCUGCAAGCAGGAACGUCAACGGUGGCAGCAGCGGUGACGGCCGCGGCGGCUGCAGCAGCAGCAGCAACGGCUGCGGGUGCGGGUUCUGGGGCAGUGGGGGCCUGCUGCGGUGCGCACGGGUCAGCGACCCCGCUGCAGGGGGUGUUAGGACCCCUGCUAGACACGCUGUUGCUGGAGGUGGUGUCCCAGCAGCAGGGUGGAGGCGGCGGCGGAGGAGGAGGAGCAGUGGCUGCUGCUGCGGUAACGGCUGCAGGAGGGGCAGCUGCAGCAGCAGGCCUGUCAAAGCAACCAGGUGACAAAGGCCAGGCGGAGGAGGCAGGAGCAGCAGCAACAGCAGGAGGCAGCGAGGUGCAUGCAGCGGGAGCGGUGGUGCUGAACUGCCGUACGUACCUGCACCGGGAGGAUCGGCCGGGGCGGGACGUGCAGGUGUGUUUCCAGCUUACGCAGCUGCCCCCCGCCUGCCUCCUGCUGGCCGUGGCGGGCGCCCACCACUCCACGCUGGCUCCUGACGUGGCGGUUUACGUGUGUACGGCACAGCAGCAGCUGCCGGCGGGCUGGCUGGGGGAAGUACGGCAGGGCCUGCAGGAGCUGCUGCAGCUGCUCGCGCCCCACAUCCACCGCCAGCUCCUGGGCUCCCUAGCCGCCGAGUGGGCCACCCUGCGACUGCAGGCCACAGCACCCGCCGGCACCUCCACACCCCUCCUCGCCUCGCCCUCCCCUGCCGCCGCCUCCUCCGCCGCCUCCUCCCCACGCACCUCUGCCCGCAGCAACGCAAGCCCCAACACCCCGCACCCGCGCAGCAGCGCACAUGGCCACCAGGCUAGCAACAACAACAACAGCAACAACCACAGCGGGUUUCUGAGCAGCGGCGGAGGUGCUCGUACGCUGACCUCCCUCCUGAACGGCAGCAACGGCGGGGGCGGUCCCGGCGGAGGCGGCGGCGGAGGGGGG